AUGGCGACCAUGGGCGCGGAUGAAGACAUCGACGCGCUCGAACGCGACCCGCUUGGAUUCAUCCAGAGCGCGUUUCAUCGCUCCCUCGCCACGCACGAUGGGUCGCACGCCGUGAGCGACGGCGACAAUGGGGUGCGGGCGAUCGUUUCGAGGCUCGUCGCGAGCGGACGACCGCUGCGAGAGAUCAACGGCGCGGGUGGGAUCGAACGCUCGAGAGAGAACGAGCUCGUGCGGUUCAGGGCGCUGGUGCAAGACAUGUACGAGCCAGAGUAUUACAUCGGCGCGUACGUUCGAGAGGGCGACAGCGAGUGGACAACCACGAAAUAUUGCGAGCACAUAGACGUGAAGGGGACGAUCGCGCAGCGGGCGCUGUUUGAACGAAGGGUUUUGUAUUGCGUACCAGUUCCAGGAGAGCAGCCGUGGGUGGGAGAGGCGGAACGAGUGGACGAGACGGCAGACGAAGAAGGUCCUCGCGGUGAGAAGAGAGAACGAGAAGAAACGAGUAUGGACGUGUGCCCGGACGCGACUCCGGCGCCGAGGAGCGCGGCGAUGUUGAUUAGGCCAGAUCUCGAACGCACAAAAAAGGCGAACGCGGAGGAUCACAUGGCACCGGACACUCCGGAACAGAUUGGCGAAGGUGAAGCUCGCGAGGAGUCUAUCGACCAAUUGUUGAACUUUCCACUCGUUCCAGAGACUCGUUCACCGUGCAUAGUGAAGGUGUACGACGACGACGAUUCGUUGAGACUGAACGACGUUGUCGAGUUCGUCGGCUUGCUGUAUUACUCGCCCGAGCUCACGGCGGCCGAGCGCGAUAAAGAGAUGAAGGAUGACAACGUGUACGCCACGUCGUCAUUCAUCGAAGAGGAUAAUUCGAAAAAUCCCGUUUCGAGCUUAGUGCCACGCUUUCAUGCGUUGGCGUACAAGGUCACGUCCCAGAAUAAAUUCGUAAACUCGUCACCAGUGGAGAGGUUCACUGCAACUGAUUUGGAGACGUCACACGGCUUGACUCCGGAAAAGGUCGCCAUCGCACGCGGUAAGUUGUUGGAUAUGAUUGCAAACGCACUCGGCGGUGACCAUUUCGCCGCUGAGUUGGUGUUAAUGGCUUUGGUUUCUCGAGUGCACACUCGCACGGAUCUGUUGUCUCUGGGAAAAUUUUCGCUCAAUCUCACGGGAUGCAAAGUGGAGUCUUCGGAGGCGGGGACAAUAGCGCACGUUCUUUCGAGCGUGUUGGGUCUCGUGUGUCCGAGCGUGGCGCACCUUCCUUUGACCGUUCCGUCUCUGAACGCGCGCCCUUGGGCACCUAGAAAGGACUACGUGUACAACCGUCUGCGAGCCGGUCCUCUGCAACUGGCAGCGAGCACGGUGCUGCUAUUGGACGAAACCAAGCUGGACUCCGGUACGCUCACGCAGAUUGGUGUCCGGAAUAUUGAAUCGCUGAAAGCGAUCUCCACUGUUCAGGACGUCGAGUAUGAUUUUGAGUAUCACCAGAUGCAAAUGCCCGUCGACAUUCCGCUCAUCAUCUUGUCCGAUAGGAAGAGCAUUAUUCCGACCGACUCGGUCGUGCCGUUACGACGAGUGCGCAAUCCAAAGCUCAUUGAUGCCACCGAAGAGGAACUGACGCUCAUGCGCACCUUCAUCGCCGGGGCUCGAAUGACCAAGCACGUGAUAUCUGAGAAGACUUCCGUCGAAAUCGAAGCCGAAAUUGUCGAAGCUCGCAAGGCGGACGCAGCCAUAACGCAAGAGAGCUUGCACAGGAUGCUCACCAUGACUCGACUUCGCGCGCUUAACUACGGUCAAACGGAGCUCACGACGCAAACGUGGAAGGAAACCAUGGAAAUCAAUCGUCGCGUCGCCGAGAGAGCGCGCGUCGUCUGA